UGCAAGCAGAAGAAAAGCGGCGAGAGGCGGAGUUUGAGGCUGAGCAAAAAAGAAUAGAGGUUGCGAUAAAGGCUAGAAAGGAGAUGCAUGCAAUGCAGACUGCUCUUGCUGAGUCAGAUGCAAAAAUGGAAGUUUUGCAAAAAUAUGAAUGCACACAAGCAUCCGAGAGCAGUAUAGAAGCUAAAGAACGGAUCGCUGAAACAGAGGUGAACAGCACCUACCAACCACCAGUACAGCACACACGGCCUACGUCCAACUUCGAAACCAAUGUUCAGUUAGCAAAGCCGGAAAUAGCCCUGCCUGCAUCAAAAAUGGACCUCAAUGAUGGACCUGUGCUUGAUAGUUUAUGUAAGGCUCUCUCACAGCAAGUUGACGUCACUGAGUACCUUGUGAAGAAUCACAAGGCCACAUUACUCCCUGAACUCACCAUUCCAACAUUCAAGGGUGAUCCACUUGAGUAUAAAUCCUUUAUCAGAUCUAUUGAACAUGGAGUUGAAGGUCGCACUGGUGACAGUCGUGAUCGCCUACAGUUUUUGUUGCAGUACACAAGUGGACAACCACAUGACUUGGUAAAAAGCUGCAUUCACAUGGAACCCUCAGCAGGUUAUGCUAAAGCGAAAGAAUUGCUGAAGGAGUUUUUUGGUGAUGACUACAAGAUAGCAGAAGCCUACAUAAAGGAGGCUUUGAAUUGGCAGACAAUCAAAUCAGAAGAUGGCGCUGCACUUCAGUCUUUUGCAUUGUUCCUCACAGGCUGCUGCAACACAAUGACUGAUAUAAGCUACAUGGAAGACUUGGACAAUACCGCUAACAUAAAGGCACUGGCUAACAAGUUGCCAUAUAAACUAAAAGAAGCAUGGAGAAAGUCUGCAUGUGACCUACAAGAAAAAACAAGAAAUAGAGUGAAGUUCAAGGAUUUUGUCGGAUUUGUCAACAAGCAAGUUAGAUAUAUCUUACACCCACUCUAUGGGAACAUACAAGAAACCACCACCAGGCCAAAACACACAGUACAGCAGAGAGCAAACCUACAAUAUGCAGAGCCACUCAAACCAAAGAAAGUAUUUACAGCAGCUAUUGUCUCAUCCCAGACUGAAAACAAAUUCAAAAUUGAAAAUGACAAACAACUAACACCAAAAACACAAAAUGUCUCAGUGGACGCAAACAGCAAGCCUUGUGUUUAUUGCAAGGGAGAGCAACACAGUCUCACAGUCUGCAGAAAACUCAAGAACAAGCCGCAUAAAGAAAAGAUUGAUUUCCUGCGAAGCAAGGGUCUGUGUUUUGCAUGUUUGAAACAUGGUCAUAUGAGUAACAGCUGUAAAGAGAAAACUCAAUGCCAAGAAUGCUCUCGACUUCAUCCCACACUGCUGCACAUGAACACUAAAGGCUUGCGAGAAGAAACAGCAAGCGAGCGUUGUGAACAGCAAUCUGUUUCAAGUGCCCUUGUACACAUGAAAGAAACUUUUACUGUCAUCGGGGCCGGUAAGGAAAACUGUGCUCUUGCUAUCAUUCCAGUGUGUGUCAAAGCACAAAAGGGAACCAAAACGGUGACAACGUAUGCAUUUUUGGAUCCAGGUAGCUCUGCUACUUUCGCUACGGAGUCAUUAAUAAACCAACUGAGUAUGAACGGACGCAAUACAAGCAUCUUGUUGCAAACAAUGGGGAAUGAAUCUAUUGUUAACACUUGCAUUGUGAAUGGAAUGGAAAUCAGUAGCUUGGAUGGUAACCACUUUAUUGAGCUCUCAGAGGUAUUUUCACAGAAAAACAUCCCUGUAACCAAAGACAAUAUUCCCCGUCAAGAGGAUGUUGACAGUUGGCCUCAUCUAAAGCAGGUAAAACUUCCCACAAUCCAAGCAGAGGUUGGAUUACUCAUAGGAGCAAAUGUUCCCAAGGCGAUGGAGCCACUGCAGGUGAUAAGCAGCGUGGAUGACGGCCCAUAUGCCGUAAGAACAAUUUUAGGCUGGACAGUAAAUGGGCCACUCAGAGGUGGAAACGAGAUGAGGGAGACAAACACAUUGACAGGAGUCACCACCAAUCGCAUCUCAGUAGCCAAGCUAGAAGAGCUCUGGCAACUGCAGUUCAAGCAGGACUUUCCUGACGCUGGACAAAGCGAAGACCUUGAAAUGUCCAAAGAUGAUUACCAGUUUAUGGACAUGGUGUCUCAGUCCUCAAAACUUGUGGAUGGUCAUUACAGUGUUUGCCUGCCGGUAAAGAACAAGUCAUUCUGCAUGCCAAACAACAGAUCAGUCGCAGAGCAACGUGCGCUGAAUCUACGGAAAAGAUUCUCCAGAGAUGUCAAUUUUCAUGCAGAAUACGUUGCAUUUAUGGACGACAUCCUCAAAAAGGGCUACGCAGUAAAGCUGGAUAACAUUGAACAUCAACCGACUGAGGGACGAACAUGGUAUCUGCCUCAUCACGGAGUUAGACAUCCAGUUAAACAAAAGCUGCGUGUUGUUUUUGAUUGUGGAGCCGGCUUUCAAGGAACAUCGCUGAACCAGCAGCUCCUGCAGGGACCGGACCUAACAAGCUCCCUGGUGGGGGUCCUCUUAAGGUUCCGACAAGAGACAGUUGCAGUCAUGGCUGAUGUAGAGGCUAUGUUCCACCAGGUCAGAGUCAGCAAUGAAGACACUGAUUUCCUCAGGUUUCUUUGGUGGCCCAAUGGGAACUACGAGCAGGCGCUUGUCGAACACAAAAUGUUGGUCCACAUUUUCGGCGCGACGUCUUCCCCAAGUAUUGCAACCUUUGCACUACAGAAAUGUGCAAUAGAUUUUGAGGAUGAAUUUGGUCAAGAAGCUGCCAAAACAGUGAAGAAAAAUUUUUAUGUAGACGAUUGUCUUAAGUCAGUUACAGAUGAAGACACGGCAAUAACACUUUGCACUGACUUGAGGAGCAUGUUGUCAAAAGGUGGAUUUCGACUAACAAAAUGGUCAAGUAACAGUCGAAGGGUGCUCAGCUCCAUUCCUGAAGAGGAAAAGGCCCAGGGUUUUCAGGAUUUGGAUUUGGAUGCAGAUAACUUGCCUAUGGAGAGAGCACUGGGAAUCCAGUGGUGUACAGAAACGGAUCAGUUCAAGUUCAAAAUCAACCUCAAUGUACGACCACACACUAGGAGGGGCCUGCUUUCCCUUGUCUGUUCCAUCUUUGAUCCAUUGGGUUUUCUUGCUCCAGUGGUAUUGCCUGCCAAAAGAAUCUUGCAAGACUUAUGCCGGCAGAAGUAUAGCUGGGAUGAAGAACUGCCUGAUAAUGUCAUCAAGAGUUGGAAAAAGUGGAUGUUUGAUUUGCAACAGCUUGAGACCUUUGGAGUUGACAGAUGUGUUAAGCCAAAGCAGUUCGGUGCGCCAGUCUUUGCACAGUUACAUCAUUUCGCUGAUGCUAGUGAAGACGCAUACGGAACAACAAGCUACCUACUGCUACGCACUGCAAGUGGUGAAGCUCAAUCCACCUUGAUUAUGGCAAAGGCAAGAGUUGCGCCUUUAAAGUCCCCAACCAUACCAAGAAUGGAAUUAACUGCAGCCACAGUUGCCAUCAAGAUGGACAAGCUUCUGAAGAAAGAGUUGGAGCUGGAACUUAGUGAAUCAAUUUUUUGGACAGAUAGCACGGCUGUGCUGAAGUAUCUGAACAGCGAAGGUACAAGAUUUAAGACUUUCGUUGCCAAUAGGAUCACAACAAUCCUGGAGCACUCUCAGACUUCACAGUGGAGAUAUGUGAAUACCAAUCUGAAUCCUGCUGAUCACGUCUCGAGAGGACAGACUGUUGAAGCGUUCUUGAAAAGUGAAAGCUGGAUUUCAGGACCAAGUUUCCUGCUUUGUGCACAAGACCAGUGGCCCAGAAAUCCAGAUCCUGGAAUGCUAGACAUUGAUGACUCUGAGGUUAAAAGGGUAGUUCAAGCACAUGUUAUUCAGACGCAAGAGCUCAAAGAUGCUACGGAACAGCUGAUGACAUACUACUCAUCUUGGACAAAACUAAAACGCGCUGUGGCUUGGUUUCUGAAAUUUAAAGAUCUGCUUAAGGAACUGAAAGAAAAGAGAAAGGAACUAAACUCACACGGAGAAAGCAGAAUUAAUCAGUUCAAGAAAGCUUUCAAAGGAACACACCUAACCUGUGAAGAUUUGAUUGUAGCAGAAAGAGAAAUUGUGAAAUACUGUCAAAAACAAAGCUUCACAGAAGACUUGAGUAUGCUAAAGGAACAUCAAAGGGUAAAGAAAAGUAGUUCACUUUACAAGCUGAACCCUGUACUUCAAAACGGAGUCAUCAGAGUUGGUGGAAGGAUGAGCCGCGCAGCAAUGCCAGAGGAUUCCAAGCAGCAAGCCAUCUUGCCGAAAGAUUCACACAUCACGAUGCUUGUGCUGAGGCACAUUCAUGAUGUUACAGCCCAUGCCGGGAGAAAUCAUAUGUUGGCACAGCUGCGUCAAAGAUUCUGGGUCCCUGGAGCAAACGGCGCUAUUAGAAAGUUUUUGUCCAGGUGCAUCAGCUGUAAGAAGCUACACGGAACUGCCGGUAAGCAAAUCAUGGCUGAUCUACCAAGAUGCAGAGUCUUGCCCGACAGUCCUCCAUUCACAAGAGUCGGUGUUGACUAUUUUGGUCCAUUUUUAGUGAAAAGAGGAAGAGGGCAAAUAAAGAGAUAUGGUGUUAUCUUUACAUGUCUUGCCAUACGAGCGGUACAUCUAGAAGUCGCAUCUUCACUUGACACUGAUGCUUGCCUCAAUGCAAUUAGAAGAUUUCUUGCAAGAAGAGGACAAGUCAAAGAGAUGUACUCUGAUAAUGGAACCAAUUUCAAGUCGGCUGACAGUGAGUUGAAAAAAUCAAUAAAAGAAUGGAACACCAGCAAGAUAGCAAAGAACUUGCAAGAGAAGGGAGUUCAGUGGCACUUUAAUCCGCCAGCAGGUUCUCACCACGGAGGAAGCUGGGAGCGGCUGAUCCGCUCAGUGAGAAAAAUUCUGAAUAUCACAGUGAAGGAACAACUUUUGGAUGAAGAAGGUCUCCAUACCUUGCUGUGUGAAGCUGAGGCCAUCAUAAACAGCAGGCCAAUCACCCAAGCAUCUCCAGAUCUCAAUGAUUUAGAGGCCUUAACGCCCAACCACCUGUUGUUACUCAAGGUCAAGCCCGAGUUACCCCCAGGAGUGUUCAGCAAGGAUGAUCAGUACGCUAACCGCAGAUGGAGGCAAGUCCAGUACCUCGCGGAUGUCUUCUGGAAACGCUGGUGCAAAGAAUAUCUGAUGCAGCUCCAAGAACGGCAACGAUGGUUCACUCCUGGAAGAAACUUCAGUGUUGGUGAUGUAGUAUUGAUUGUGGAUGAUACAUCACCCAGAAAUUCAUGGCUACUUGGAAGAAUUGUGGAGAUUUUUCCUGACAAGAAAGGCUUCGUUCGUCAAGUGAAAGUCAAGACUAAGAGCAAUGAGCUUUGUCGCCCUAUAACAAAGCUAUGUCUUCUUCAAGAAUCUGAGGACAAUGUAUAAGCUGUUCCAAAAAGAAGAAAACCCUUAUUUUGGACAGGGCGAAGUCCAAGAAGAUUUCUUUAGAUAGUUUGUUAAUUAGCAUGUAGGCUCCUUUAAUUUAAGUUUUGAGUAAUUGUUCCAAGGACACUGAUAACAAUUAGGGGCCGGUAAUGUAGGAGCCUAAAUGCAGUUAUUUGAUAAAUAAUUUUAAUUUAUGUGUUAAAUAGUAAUUUUCAUCAUUCUUUUAUGUGGAGGAAAUAGAAGGGCAUAUUUACAGUAUUUACAGUUUAAUGUAGUUAAUAUUUACAGUUAUGCAAUAAGUUAAUUGUGUAAUUAUCUAAAAUGUAUGUGGAUAAUUUAUAGUGCAUUUAUAUUAUUUGGGGAUAUUUUGAGAAUAAUAACUGUUAAUGCAUGUUUACCUUUGAAAUGCACAGAUCUUUGAUUACUUAUACUCUCGCGAGAGUGGUAAACGGAAGUUGUGACGUUUUUUACUAAAAAUAAGUCAGGCAAGCGGAUGGAGCCGCAUAGUUUUUUGACCUUUCUCUCUCUCUCUUUGAUCGUUAAAUAAUCACUUUUAUUUACUGUAAUAUUCCUGUGCUGAAGUUUUUUGUUGCAAGUAAAGGAUACAGUUUUUUAUACGAGUGGUAUUGUGGAUUAUUGGAUGUGGA